UAGUUAUGGAUGUUUUUAAUGUUCUGCAACUUUAGCUAGGUACAGCACCAGGACCACAUGGGGUGACACAUGUGAGAUGCAACCCUUUCCCCUACUGUGAUAGAAGGGGUUGUAAUUCAUCUACUGUUUGUGAGUCUUCUCUUUCCUAUAUUCUUAGGGAGCUUUUAGCUUCAAAAGGGUAUCAUGGAUCCUAAAAGUGUUGGUGAUCUUCAAGCCUUGCUUGAUCUUUACAAACAGGACCCAACGCUCCUUAGAGCAAAACAACUUAGCUUCCUGAGAGAUUCAUUGGAAAGCAUGGGAGACACUAUUUCAGGCUUCCAGAGAAUUGAAGCCUUUCCUUUGAGACAUGGUAAAGAGGAAGAGAAGCUAUCAGAGCAACAUACCAGUGAUGAGAGUGAUUUAGAGAUUGAUGAAGAUGGGGUGAUUAAACCAGAUGAAGAUGAUCCUCAAGAAAUGGGAAAUGAAGACCUGGACGUGACAAAUGAAAUGCAAGGCAAGGCUGACCAGAAGACAGAAGAGGCUCGUUCAGCCUUAGAGGCAGGAAAUUUACAGAAUGCUAUUGAUCUGCUUACUGAGGCUAUCAAGCUGAAUCCACACUCCUCAACCUUGUAUGUCAACCGAGCCAGCACCUUUAUCAAAAUGCAAAAGCCCAAUGCUGCCAUUAGAGACUGCAAUAAGGCCUCAGAGCUCAACCCUGACGAUGCCCAGGCCUACAAAUGGAGAGGAAAAGCACAUAUGCUUUUGGGCCACUGGGAGGAAGCUGCUGAGGACCUUGCCUUAGCCUGUAUAUGGGAUUAUGAUGAGGAAACUAAUGUCCUUCUAAAGGAAGUACAGCCCAAAGCUUUGAAGAUGAUUGAACAUCACACCAAAUAUAAGAGAAAGCGAACACUGAAGAAGAUCCAGAAGAUCCAAGAUACUCUAGACUGGAUCAAAAGUAUAUUGGAAGAACAAGAGAAGACACAGAGGGAGGAGAAUAUCUGGCAGUGGAUGAAUCGAGUCUAUCGAAGGUACUUGGACUUUUUUAUGGCCAUUAUAGAUCCAAGGAUUAUCCUUGCCUGGAUGGAUGUCACCUGGAACCCAGACAAUAUCUCCAAAUAUCGAGACAACCACAAGUUUAUGAAGUUCAUUGGUCAGGUUGAAUGAAUGUUUAAGCCGGCCAUAAAUAAGCCUUUCAUUAAAUUAAAAUUGUAGUGUGUAGCAUCA